CCAGGCCCGGCCCCCGGAGACGCACCUGUUCUGACCUGCUUAGCAGGUUCCCAGGUUUCUGCCUUCGUUGUUGGCCACGGCGUGGGAAGCAGCUCUGGGGGAGCUCAGGGCUCCCGAUCACGGCUUCUUGGGGGUAGCCACGGCUGGGUGGGUAGAACCGGGGCCUGGGUCCCCUAGUGGAGACCCAAGUGGGAGAAGCAGGUACUUCAGUGCCUGGGGACUGCGUGACCUCCUGCCUUCUGGGUCAGAGCCUUACACAGCUCCAGAACCGGCUCCCAGGGAGAACUCCGUGGAACUCCAGAAUCACUGGGCAGGUCUGUCUUUCAGCCAAUGCCCCUGUCCCUGGGAGCCGAGAUGUGGGGCCCUGAAGCCUGGCUGCUGCUGGUGUUCCUGGCAUCGUUUACAGGCCGAUGCUCCGCGGGAGAGCUGGAGACCUCGGACUUAGUGACAGUGGUACUGGGCCAGGACGCAAAACUGCCCUGCUUCUACCGAGGGGCUCCUGAUGAGCAGGUGGGGCAGGUGGCAUGGGCUCGGGUGGACCCAAACGAGGGCACCCGGGAUCUGGCCCUGCUGCACUCCAAAUACGGGCUUCAUGUAAGCGCCGCCUAUGAGGACCGCGUGGAGCAGCCACCGCCCCCACGAGACCCUCUGGAUGGCUCUGUCCUCCUGCGCAACGCUGUGCAAGCAGAUGAGGGCGAGUACGAAUGCAGAGUCAGCACCUUCCCAGCGGGCAGCUUUCAGGCACGGAUGAAGCUUCGUGUUCUGGUGCCUCCCCUGCCUUCACUGAACCCUGGUCCACCCCUAGAAGAGGGCCAGGGCCUGACGUUGGCAGCCUCUUGCACUGCUGAGGGCAGCCCAGCUCCCAGUGUGACCUGGGACACAGAGGUCAAAGGCACACAGUCCAGUCGCUCCUUCAAGCACUCCCGCUCAGCUGCUGUCACCUCGGAGUUUCACCUGGUGCCUAGCCGGAGCAUGAAUGGGCAGCCACUCACCUGUGUGGUGUCUCACCCCGGCCUUCUUCAGGACCAAAGGAUCACCCACACCCUCCAAGUGGCCUUCCUUGCAGAGGCCUCUGUAAGGGGCCUUGAGGACCAAAACUUGUGGCAUGUUGGCCGAGAAGGAGCUACACUCAAAUGUCUCAGUGAAGGACAGCCCCCUCCCUCAUACAACUGGACACGGCUGGAUGGACCUCUGCCUAGCGGGGUGCGAGUCAAAGGGGACACUCUGGGCUUUCCCCCGCUGACUACCGAGCACAGUGGCAUCUACGUCUGCCACGUCAGCAAUGAACUCUCCUCGAGGGACUCUCAGGUCACCGUGGAAGUUCUUGACCCUCAGGAUCCAGGGAAGCAGGUGGACCUGGUGUCGGCCUCAGUGGUGGUAGUGGGUGUGAUUGCUGCACUCCUGUUCCUCCUCCUGGUGGUGGUGGUGGUACUCAUGUCCCGAUACCAUCGACGAAAAGCACAGCAGAUGACCCAGAAAUAUGAGGAGGAGCUGACCUUGACCAGGGAGAACUCCAUCCGGAGGCUGCAUUCUCAUCACACGGACCCUAGGAGCCAGCCGGAGGAGAGUGUAGGGCUGAGAGCCGAGGGCCACCCCGAUAGUCUCAAGGACAACAGUAGCUGCUCUGUGAUGAGUGAAGAGCCAGAGGGCCGCAGCUACUCCACACUGACCACAGUGAGAGAGAUCGAGACACAGACCGAACUGCUCUCUCCAAGCUCUGGGCGGACAGAGGACGAUGACGAUCAGGACGAAGGCAUCAAACAGGCCAUGAACCAUUUUGUUCAGGAGAAUGGGACCCUGAGAGCCAAACCCACGGGCAAUGGAAUCUACAUCAACGGGCGAGGCCACUUGGUCUGACCCAGGCCUGCCGCCUCCCUCCCCGAGGCCUGGCUUCUUCUGCUUACGCGGGGGAUUUCAGCUCUUCUUAGGGGGAACCUCCUUAAGUGCCUGCAUUUCUUUAGGAAGAUGCUUCCCACCCUACUGACUGCCCCACUUUUACCUCCAAUCCUUCUGUGUGCACCAGGAGGGCUCCACUGGUUGAGUGCCUCCCACCAUUGUGUGUAGGUCAUUGUGUGUGCGUGUGUGCGUGUGUGUGUGUGUGUGUGUGUGUGUGACCUCUGCCUGCACAUGCAGGUGUUUUCCUCAGACCCCAGAGCAGUAUUAGCGAUGCAGAGGUUGGAAGUGAGGGGCCAGAUCCAGGUGUGCGGGGCACAGCUGGAGCUAGAAUCUGACCUCCAAAGCGG